AUGCUUAUGAUGAACAGUUCGAAACUUACCGGAUCGGAAAUGGCUGUAGUCGUAGACGCCGGCAGUGGCAGCGGUGGUCUUGAUCGGAGAUCGGCUAUCAACGGCGGGAGAUUCUCUUACGAUGCAGAAACGACGCACAGGGGAGAGCGCAGAGGGAGAGAACGAGUUGUAUGGUUGCAAACCCAACAAGGAGUUAAAAUACUGGAAAUAGCAAACACAGGAAUGGCUACUCUAUCGCUUUCUUCUCCCCCUUCUUCCCCAUUCAUCACCAUUACAGGCAAAUUGACGACUCGUAGAUUAAUCAAUUGUGCUGUCAGAAGCAACUGUGGUAAGCGCAUUUCACGAUUUAGGAGCGGUGUGAUUGUAACAAUGUCGAUGGAGAAGAAGAAGAAGAAGGAGGUAUGGAUAUGGACGGAGAACAAGCAGGUUAUGACGGCAGCUGUUGAAAGGGGUUGGACCACGUUCAUCUUCUCUUCUAUUCAUCGCCAGCUCGCUACUGAUUGGUCUUCAAUAGCAUUGAUAAAUCCCAUCUUCAUUGAAGACAAGAGUCUUUUUGACAACAAGGCUAAAUUGGUUGCCACAAUUUCUGAAAUAUCUUCUCCCCAAGAAUUGGAGCAACUCCAGCCAGCUUAUGAGCAUGCAGAUAACAUUAUUGUUGAUCUAUUGGAUUGGCAGGUGAUUCCUGCAGAGAACAUUGUUGCAGCAUUUCAUGGCACUCACAAAACAGUCUUUGCCAUCUCAAAAAGUCUCUCAGAAGCUCAAAUAUUCUUAGAGGCAUUGGAGCAAGGUUUAGGGGGAGUAGUUUUGAAAACUGAAGAUGUUGAAACUGUCCUUGAGCUAAAGGAAUAUUUUGAUAAAAGAAAUAAAGAAGGCAGCCUAUUGGAUUUGACCAAAGCUACCAUUACUCGAGUUGAAAUGACUGGAAUGGGAGAUAGAGUUUGUGUUGAUCUUUGCAGCCUCAUGAGACCUGGUGAAGGCCUUUUGGUUGGAUCUUUUGCAAGAGGAUUAUUCCUUGUUCACUCAGAGUGCCUAGAGUCAAACUAUAUUGCCAGCAGACCUUUCCGAGUUAACGCAGGGCCAGUGCAUGCUUACGUGGCAGUUCCUGGUGGCAAAACAUGCUACCUUUCAGAGCUGAAGGCAGGGAAAGAGGUUCUUGUUGCUGAUCAAAGUGGUAUACAAAGAACAGCUGUAGUUGGACGUGUAAAAAUCGAGACACGACCUUUAAUCAUUGUUGAUGCAAAGGUUGAUUCUGACAAGGAAACUUGUUACAGCAUUCUUCUACAAAAUGCAGAGACUGUUGGAUUUGUACCUCCUAUAAAAGGUGGAGGAAAUGAAGCAACAGCAAUUCCAGUGACGUCACUAAAGAUUGGUGAUCAAGUGUUGGUGAGAGUACAAGGUGGUGCUAGGCAUACUGGAUAUUAA